AUGACAACAAACACUAUGUCUUCUUCUCUAAUCUUCAAGCUCGUCGUUGUCCUCAGCCUCGUCUCUAGUCUACUCGUUUCUAGCUCCGAUUCCGACAAGGAUGGUCGAAAGGUUUAUAUUGUGUACAUGGGGAACAAGCCAAAGGAUACAGCUUCUACUCCUUCCCAUCAUAUGAGAAUGUUGAAAGAAGUCACUGGGAGCAAUUUUGCUCCAGAAUCCCUACUCCACAGCUACAAGAGAAGUUUCAAUGGAUUCGUGGUGAAGCUCACCGAAGAAGAAGCUCGUACGAUUUCAGCGAAAGAGGGGGUUGUCUCUGUGUUUCCAAAUGGAAAGAAGCAUCUUCAUACGACAAGAUCAUGGGAUUUCAUAGGUUUUACAAAGGAUGUUCCUCGUGUAAAGCAAGUUGAAAGCAACAUAGUAGUGGGAGUUUUGGACUCUGGAAUAUGGCCAGAAAAUCCUAGCUUCAGUGAUUUUGGUUAUGGUCCUCCACCUGCCAAAUGGAAGGGCACUUGUCAAACCUCUACCAACUUUACUUGCAACAAUAAAAUCAUUGGAGCUCGAGCAUAUCGUAGCGACAACGAUUUUCCUACGCAAGACAUUCAAAGUCCUAGAGAUUCAGAUGGACAUGGAACACACACGGCAUCGACCGUGGCAGGUGGUCUUGUGAACCAAGCAAGUUUGUAUGGCCUUGCGCUUGGCACAGCAAGAGGAGGGGUUCCUUCUGCACGUAUUGCCGUGUACAAGAUAUGUUGGUCCGAUGGGUGCAGCGAUGCCGAUAUUCUUGCAGCAUUCGACGAUGCAAUCGCCGAUGGUGUUGAUAUCAUAUCUCUUUCGGUUGGGGGAAAUGAGGCGAGGUAUUACUUCAACGACUCGAUCGCCAUUGGAGCUUUCCACUCCAUGAAGCAUGGAAUAUUGACCUCCAACUCUGCUGGAAAUGAUGGUCCUGACUACUUCACCAUUAGAAAUUUCUCUCCAUGGUCUCUUUCAGUUGCUGCAAGCACUAUUGAUAGAAAGUUGGUGUCAAGAGUGCAGCUUGGCAAUAGGAAUAUUUAUCAGGGAUAUACCAUUAACACAUUCGAUCUUGGGGGAAAACAAUAUCCUCUAAUCUAUGCUGGAGAUGCUCCCAAUAUUGCUGGAGGUUUUACUGGCUCCAUCUCCAGAUUCUGCUCUGAAAACUCAAUUGAUAGCAGCCUUGUAAGUGGAAAAAUCCUUCUCUGUGACUCUGUAUUGCCUCCUUCAUCAUUCGUUUAUUUCAGUGACGCUGCUGGCGUCGUUAUGAAUGAUAACGGCGUGAAGAAUCCUUCAAAUUCCUAUCCCUUGCCUUCUUCCUACCUCGAGACGGUGGACGGCAACGCCAUUAAAACCUACAUGGCUUCGAACGGAGUUCCGACUGCAACGAUUUUGAAGAGUAGUGCAGUGAAUGAUACAUCUGCUCCUUUCAUAGUUUCCUUUUCCUCUAGAGGUCCCAAUCCCGAAACAUUGGACAUUCUCAAGCCCGAUUUGACAGCUCCAGGAGUUGAAAUUCUAGCCGCAUGGUCUCCCAUUGCACCAAUCUCUAGCGGAGUAAUCGAUUCGAGGACAUCAAUGUAUAAUAUAAUUUCAGGGACAUCAAUGUCUUGCCCACAUGCCACUGCAGCUGCUGUGUACGUUAAAACAUUCCAUCCCACUUGGUCCCCCGCUGCAAUUAAGUCAGCUCUCAUGACUACCGCUACUCCCUUGAAUCCUGAACUCAAUGUACAAGCAGAAUUCGCAUACGGUGCAGGCCAAAUCAACCCACUAAAGGCAAUAAGUCCAGGGUUGGUCUAUGAUGCUAAUGAAUUCGACUACGUGAAAUUCUUGUGUGGCCAAGGCUACACCACGGCCAUGGUCCAACGUCUCUCAAACGACAAUAGUAUUUGUAGUUCUGCCAAUUCAGGUAGAGUUUGGGAUCUAAACUAUCCUUCCUUUGCACUUUCUUCUACCCCUUCACAAUCCAUCAACCAAUUCUUCAGAAGAACUCUCACAAACGUUGAAUCCAAAGCAUCAACGUAUAGAUCUACGAUUCUUGGCGCUCCACAAGGCCUCACAAUCACGGUGAACCCUCAGGUUCUGUCAUUCAGUGGCUUUGGAGAGAAGAAAUCUUUCACGUUAACAAUUCGUGGAACUAUUAAUCCACCAUCUAUAGUCUCUGCUUCUUUGGUGUGGAGUGAUGGUUCUCACAAUGUGCGAAGUCCUAUUACAGUAUAUGUUGUAACUUAA